AUGGGAGGAAACGGCACAAACCCCAUCCACAACAAAGUGAAGAAGAAGGUCAAGGUUGAGGAUGACGAGGAGACGAUCGCCUUCAAGUUGAAGCAGAAGGAGGACAAGGCAAAGCAAGAUAAAUUAGCCAAGGAGAUUGGUGGCCAGAAAGGACCCUUGAAGACCAAGUCGCACGGUAUUUCCGGCAGCGGUGGUAAGGGCAAGAAAUAA